UGAAGCAAUUGAAGGACCCUCUUUAGUAGACACGCCUCUCCUGCAUGAAUCCUGUUCUUGCAAACCCAAAGGAGAGAAGAGUGGGGAUGUUCUCUGCCUGCACCAUCAGUUUCUUUGCAAAGUUUCCUCCAUCGGCUCUCGUCUUGCCACUCAUCUCACUCUUUAUCUCUUCCCUCAACUUCGAGAAUUGAUUUAAAAGAUGCAGAGCCAAGUUACAGGGCCGAAGUAGAAGGGAAGUACUGAAAAGGGAGCCAAAAAUUUCGGUGGAUAUAUACGUAAAAUGGAACUCACAGAACUGUCGUUAGCUCCAGCACAGUUUGUUCUCGAAAAAAGUAGGAAUAGCUCGUCGUCAUCAGAAUCUGAAAACACCUCUUCCAGGAAGAGGAAGUUCUUCUCUGAUCAGUAUCAGCUGCUAAAAAAUGGACCACCAAUCCAAGCAAGUGUCGACCUUCAUGUUAAAGACCCGCUACCGUUGGAUUGGGAGCAAUGCCUUGAUCUUGAAUCAGGGAGAAUGUAUUAUCUGAACAGAAAAACACUGAGAAAGAGUUGGAACUGGCCCAAGAACCAAAAGCUAGACCUUGAGCUCAAUAUGUCAUCGACAAUUCCAAACUGUCCUGAUGAAUGCAGCAGCUCCAAUAGUUCACUUGAAGAUUCUAAUAACAAGAACCAUGCCUCAAGCAACAGCAACAUGGUAGCUUUGGCAUGCUUGAAUUGCCAUCUUCUUGUCAUAUUCUCCAAAUCCUCUCCUUCUUGCCCCAACUGCAAGUAUGUACACUCUUUUCCAACCCUUCAAUCCCCACAGCCAAAAGUCUCUCCCACCAGGUCCUUGAGUACUUUAAGCCUCUUGAACUAAUGGCCUCAACACGAGAUCGAUACAAAUUAUGUAGUACUAGUGGCAGACGUCAUAAAAUGACUCUGUGAUCUAUGAAGCUAUAUAUGUGUUCAGAUGUUGUACGUUUUCAUGAAAGAAAAGAAAAAUUAGGUAAAUAGAAUCUAGCUAUGAAAGCUUGAUUUUCCUGUAACUCUUUCCUGCAUAGUAUCCUUUUAACUCUUCUCCGCGCUUGCCAGGACAUUUUGCUACUUCGGCCCUUGCCAUGUCCAUCAGGCAUCAACAGCACAGUUGUUAACUAAUUAUGACGAAUUAAGAUCAUAUCUACAAAUUCUGGAAUUGGGGUCACCUUUCCAAGGAAAAAUCAAUAUUGACAAGCUGACAGUACUUUCCAUGGAAAAAUCAGUGGAGCUGAUUCAGUUUUAAAAGCUCAUUUCUUGCUAGUUGUAGGGUGUUAUUGACAUUUGAAGUAAGCUAGGUUAAUCCCCUGAAGUGUCUCCUGCAGAAAAUAUCUAGGGAUUUGCGUGGCUUCUGGGCUCCAUGCUUGCCGCUAUUUAAUCCUGUGCUGCCAACUAGUAUUGGAUUUUAAUGGUUCUUGAUGUCACAUUUUAAUUACUUCAACGAUUUAAUUUAUCGGAAGAGAAACAAAAAAAUUCAAUGCUUA